UGUUACACUCCUUGAUGUCUGAAGGAGGAGCGAGUAAAGUGUAGUUUCUAAUUUUCUCACGGUGAGCGUGGAGCUGGCGUUCAAGGUUAUUUAAAUCUGUCUGGACUGAGUCCAUCCUCCACACAAAGCUACCCGGUCUCCUGGGGGAUGCAGACAGCUGGUAGACUCAUGAAGGUGUUCGUGACGAGGCGCAUUCCGCCAGAGGGGAUGAAGAUCCUGUCAACGGCUGCAGCAUGUGAGGUGUCUCAGUGGGAUUCGGAUGAGCCUGUGCCGAGGGCAGACCUUCUCAAAGGUGUACAGGGAGCUCACGGUCUUCUGUGUCUGCUGUCAGAUAAGAUCGAUGCCGAGGUUCUGGAUGCUGCAGGUCCAAACCUGAAAGUGAUCAGCACCCUUUCAGUGGGAUUUGACCACAUGGCUCUCGACGAAAUCAAAAAACGUGGUAUACGUGUUGGAUACACUCCAGAUGUCCUGACUGACGCCACAGCAGAACUGACCGUAGCUCUGCUGCUGGCCACCGCUCGCAGAAUACCAGAGGGAGUGGAGGAGGUCAAAAAUGGAGGCUGGAGCUCGUGGAAGCCUCUCUGGCUGUGUGGUUAUGGUCUUUCUGGCAGCACAGUAGGGGUCAUCGGCCUGGGACGCAUUGGCAUGGCCAUUGCUCGGAGACUCAUGCCCUUCGGAGUGAAGAGGUUGCUGUACUCUGGGAGAACAGCCAAGGCCCACGCUGCUGAGGUGAAUGGAGAGUUUGUUCCCCUGGACACACUCGCGUCUGAGAGCGACUUCGUAGUCGUUUCCUGCUCCCUGACGCCAGAAACCCUGGGGCUGUGUAACAAGGCCUUCUUCAGCAAGAUGAAAAACACAGCAGUCUUUGUCAACUCGAGCAGGGGAACUGUGGUGAACCAGGAGGAUCUGUACGAGGCUUUGGCCAGCGGACAGAUCGCUGCAGCUGGACUAGAUGUCACAACACCCGAGCCACUCCCAACAAACCACCCUCUCCUGACACUUAAAAACUGUGUGGUGUUGCCACACAUCGGCAGUGCCACCUACUCCACGAGAGGCAUCAUGGGAGCUUUGUCGGCUCGAAACCUGCUGGGAGGUUUACAGGGCACAGACAUGCCCAGUGAACUCACCUUCUAGCGCCUGAAACUGAGCCGCUGUGCCUACUGCAUCUUCUGGUGCUGCUAUAACAGAUAGAAGUAAUGUACUGUCUUAGUAAUGGUCUCCUAUGUGAGAUCCUAGAAAAAGGAGAAUACUAAUGUAGUUCAGACAUGCUCCGAUACAUGUUUACAUCAUGUCAGUGUUAACUUGAUAGUUUCACUUGAUCCUAUUUAAUAUACAAUGUGCAUUUUUGAGGAAGGAAAUGCACAUUUUGCAAGGUCAUCUCAGACAUGUAUUCAAGUUCUUGAAAAAGAGGCUAAUGAACAAUCUAGCAGCACUUAUACUAUACUAUACACGUCUUAUGUUGAACUGCAAAAAAAAACUUUUCUCAUUGGCAUUUAAAUAUUUCUCCUUCGAAAUAGAUUGGUGGUUGGCUCUCUUUCACUCUAAAUGUAAUGCUUGCCAUGUCUUAUACCUCUUUGUCUGCACUUUAUUCAGAUGUCAUGCUCUAUGUCUACUGUAACAAAACAUUUCAACACUCCAGUUUUGUGUUAAAAUAAUGGAUUUCUGAAUAUUUUAAGAAUAAAAACAUAUGGCUUGGUUUAACUCUAA